AUGGAACCAGCGCAAGGUGACAAACCCGUGUCGCACAAGCUGUUCGGUAAAGCUGCCGAACGAGAACGGCGUAACAUCAAUGCAAAACUGUCUAACCCGUUGGCUGGCCUCAGCCAUACCGAGCUGAGGAGCCAGGGGCGCGCCUUCGCCGAAUUUCAUGUCAUGGGCGACGAGUCCGACACACGGGCGUUCGAGCUGGGCGCUGUGCUCGCGCAAUCACCAGAGCGAUAUGCUGAUAUCACAGACUUGACGAAUCUAGAAAAGGAAGUCCUACGGCGAGAACUGACGAACAAAUGGGCUCAGCCAUGGAAGAUGUAUGCCGUGAUUGCUCUGUGCUCUCUUUCGGCGGCUGUACAAGGAAUGGAUGAGACGGUUGUCAACGGCGCCCAAAUAUUCUACAAGCACCAGUUCGGCAUCGGUGACCACUCUCCUCGAAGCACCUGGCUCGUCGGCCUGACGAACUCGGCACCAUACCUCUGCUGCGCCUUCAUCAGUUGCUGGCUUACCGUCCCAUUCAACCACUGGUUUGGGCGUCGGGGCACAAUCUUCCUCACAUGCUGCUUCUCAGCGGUAGCCUGUUUAUGGCAAGGAUUUGUCUCGACAUGGUGGGCUAUGUUCAUCGCCCGAUUCAUGCUGGGCUUCGGCAUCGGUCCCAAGUCAGCCACUGUGCCGAUGUACGCGGCAGAGACCGUGCCUCCAGCCAUUCGCGGCGCACUGGUCAUGCAGUGGCAGAUGUGGACAGCAUUUGGGAUCAUGGUUGGGUAUGCAUCUGAUUUGAUCUUCUAUAAUGUGGAUUCGACCGCUAUCGUGGGACUCAACUGGCGAUGCAUGAUGGCAUCCGCAAUGUUUCCGGCAUUGGUGGUCUGUUGUUUUGUGUUUGCCUGCCCCGAGUCGCCGCGAUGGUACAUGAGCCAGAAGCAGUAUUACCGUGCGUACCAGUCAAUAUGUACGUUGCGGCAUCAUAAGAUCCAGGCAGCCAGAGAUCUCUAUUACAUGCAUACCCUGCUUGAAGCCGAGAGCAGUAUGAAACUGGGUCAGAAUAAGUUGCUAGAGUUGAUUACCAUUCCGCGCAAUCGGCGUGCGAUGGUGGCAUCUCAAAUUGUGAUGUUCAUGCAGCAAUUCUGCGGUGUCAAUGUUAUCGCUUACUACUCUGCAGAGAUCUUUCUAGAGGCCAAAUUCACACCCAUAGCAGCACUCUCUGCUUCCCUGGGAUGGGGAGUCAUCAACUGGCUUUUCGCGAUUCCAGCGAUCUACACAAUCGACACCUUCGGUCGACGGAAUCUCCUACUUCUCACAUUCCCCCUUAUGGCAAUGGCAAUGUUCUUCACCGGAUUCAGCUUCUGGAUCCCAGAGACCAGCCAGACAGCCCGACAAGCAUGCAUAGUCCUCGGCACAUAUCUAUUCGGCGUCUUCUACUCACCCGGCGAAGGACCGGUAGCAUUCACAUACUCGGCCGAGGCAUACCCAUUAUACGUGCGACCGCACGGAAUGGCACUGGCAACCGCAACGACAUGGUUUUUCAACUUCGUUCUUGGAGUAACAUGGCCAGCAUUGAAAGCUGCCUUCACGCCCCAAGGAGCAUUCUCUUGGUAUGCGGGCUGGUGUGUGGUUGGGUGGUGGCAGGUUCUGUUGUUCAUGCCCGAAACCAAGGGCAAAACGCUUGAGGAGCUGGAUCAGGUGUUUGCAUUGCCGACUAGGCUUCAUGCUGGAUAUGGUCUGAGGCAAAUUCCAUAUUUUGCAAAGCGUUAUUUACUGCGAAAGGAUGUUCAACCGGAGAAACUCGAUAGCGGGCAAGACAAAGGUUUGGCGCAGGAUGUGGGUUUUAAUGCUUGA